GGUGGAAAUCAGAGGAGCAGAUUCAGUUUCAUUAUCUCAUUUCAAUCUUGUAGCAUUGUCCAAGCACAGAUAAUAAAAAUGGCGGCAAUGGGAGUUGCAGCACAAACGCAGUUACAGUUAGAGAAACGUGUGUUAGAGGGUUUCACUUCGAGAUCCAUGGAAUUGAAAUGGGUUAGUCGAAGAAGCAGCAAAAGCUCACAGCUUGAGAAGACGAAGAAGCAGUUGAGACCGCUUUUCCCAAUUUACAUUUCCACCGACCCACGCCACGUCGAUCCUCUCCGUCUCCGGGACCUCUUCACCGAUUGCAACUACUCCACCCAAAGAUUUCCGACCCGACCCGGACCUGAUCCCGUGGACAUCCACAAGCUCCGCAUUGCUCUGUCUCACAGCGCCGUGGUUGUGUCCGUCUUCUGCAACCUCCGCCACGUAAACGGCGUGGUUCCAUAUCAAGACAAUUUAUCGUCUUCUUUAAUGGCGGAUUUCUUCACGCCGGUUUCUCCUUCACGUGAUCAAUUGGUCGGGUUUGGCCGUGCCGUUUCCGAUUAUGGCCUCACCGCUUCGAUUUACGAUGUCGUGGUUAUGCCUUCCUUGCAGAGAAUGGGAAUUGGUCGGAUGAUAGUUAAAAAAAUUGCCAGAGUGCUUGCAAAUAGAGACAUAUACGACAUAGCAGCCCUAUGCUCAGAGAAUGAAAGGUUAUUUUUUAAGGCGUGUGGAUUUGGGGACGACAUUUUGAACUCCACUACCAUGAUGUACAGAAGAACUGUUCCAUUAAUAACCCAGGAAGGAAACAAGGAUGGAAUUUUGCUCUUAGAUAAUGGAGAUAGUACCCAAUUCAACAUAGAGGGAGUAGUAAGGCAAGCAUACCGUCGGAAACCUCAAGCAUCAAUCCAUCAGCCAGAAGAUCAUGUACAUACAAACGUCCCAGACUACCAUUCAGAACCAUUCACCACUACAAACUAUUAUAAUCCAUAUCUGGGUGAAGCAAGCUACCAUGAGAUGGGUGAACCAAGCUACCAUGAGACAGGAGAAACGAGUUACCAAGAGGUGGGUGAACCAAGCUACCAUGAGGCAACUGGACCAAGCUAUCUGCUGCCUAGAACAAUAACUCCUCCUCCACCGCCCCCACCAUCAAAUGUUGGUUAUAUUCCCACCUUUCUCCCAAUAAAUGAUGGCUUGUCUCCAAGCUACACAGACAUGUCAACAGCCAGGGCAGUCCUUGGUAAGAGGGUAAAUGCAGGAGGUGCAAUGGGGUUAGGUGCUGGAGCACUAGCUGCUGGUGCUGUAAUAUUUGGUGAUGACUUCAUGUCAGGAUUUGAUGUUCCUUCGGACCUAGAAAUGGAUCCUCCUUUCUGAACAAGAUUUGAUCAGCUUUAAGUAAUUAUAUUUGGCUGCACAUAGCCUUCUGGCAAACCCUUUAUGGUCAUUGUAUACGGUCUCCACUUCCACAUUCUUACGUGUUCUUCUGUUAGAGAAAUGGCGUGUUUCAUUUACUAUCAAGUUAUUUGUUACUUUGUAACUAGCAAUAUUUUCUUUCAGUGACAACUUUUCUUUUAGUAUCUUAAUAUCAAAAUAAUAGAUCAGGAUCUGCGCAAGAUCCUAUUUUAUUGCA